ACCGAAAUCUCCAGCUUUACAGAUUCCCUUAUUUCCCUUAUUUCCAGGGAACUUCAAGAAGAGAGCAGCUUGACUGUGGACACCUUACAGAAAAUGGGCCAGAUUACCUUUGAGUUUGUAGGCAACUCGGAGCUGAUGGAAGUCCAUAUCUUUCGCGCUGACAGUUUCCAUGGAGACCCUACCGAAAGUGACGAAAUGCGCCCUCAGUGGUUUGACGUGGACCAGAUACCUUUCAAGGAGAUGUGGCCGGAUGAUAUCUAUUGGUUUCCUCUUCUGCUCCAGAAAAAAUAUUUCCUGGGCUAUUUUAAGUUUCAGGGGCAGGAAACUAUCUUAGAAUAUAGCCUGAAGGAGGUGGAGAAGAUGCAGACAUAAAGGACCAUUUUGGUAGGCAAGGAACCACCGCCGGCUCUAUAGCAACACAACUCUCCUGCCAAAUUCAUUGAUAAUUGACUUUCUAGGGGGGAAAAAAACCCUUCAAAACGACUUGUUCGUGUACAGAAAUGUGUUCCGUGAUCAAAGAGUACUAAAUUAUGGGAAAAUAUGGUCAAACCAGAAGAAGAAAUGCCGGGAUAGCCUCAAUACCAUGAAGAAAAACGCUUUGAUCAUACACAUUGCAAUAAAUUCAUUCAACAUGAAAUAAACUUUCAAACUUUUAAUAGAGUUUUACAUUUCUCUUCUUACAAAUAGAUCUCUUUUUUUGCAACUUUUGGAGCAGGGGGCCUGGGGAUGUCAGACUCCGUAAACAUUUAUGGAAAUAAAGACAUUCUUGCCAUUUAAUAAAGUGCUUCAUUUAAAAAAACAAUACAUUUUGCAAAGUGGACACUCUUUUACAAAAGUCAGAUUUAAGGCCAGGAUGCUGGAAGAAGCCCAUCCACCCCAAACCAAAAACAUGACUUGGAAAACA